GAUAUCUCUCCAAAGCUGUUCUCAACGUUAUUUUCCCUGUCGUUAUGCAGAAAUUCUAUUCAAAAACCAUCGAAACAAAGCUCGAUUUUAUUGUAAACUUAUUGUGUCAUUAUAUUAACAACGCCGAUGAACGGAGGAAUGUCCGUAAAUACAUUUUCAAUGAGCUAACAUUAAAACUCUCGAAGUACUCCAUUGUAAAUCCUCAGGUGAUUGACAGACAGACAAGGAGUAUCAACAGACCACCACAGUCAAAAGAGAAAUAUGGAGAGGAGACAAUAUCAUUUGCACUCAACAUAAACAACAGAAAGCACCUCCUUCAUCUACAAAAGAACAGAGACUUUUUACAUCCAAACUUUGUUCAGUAUUCACGUGACGCCACUGGUAACCACAAGUCAUCAUAUCCAAAACAACAUGUGCAUUGCUAUUACCAUGGAGAGGUGGAGGGAUAUGAAAAUUCAGUGGUGGCGCUCAGCACAUGCUCUGGCCUGAGGGGUGUGAUCCUCCUUGGAAAUGAGACCUUUGGACUUGAGCCCGUGCCACAGUCUGUCACCAACGAGCACAUUCUGUACCUACUGAAGCAUAUUCAGUCCGAGCCCGUCACCUGUGGGGUCGUCAGUGAGGCUGCAUCGACGCAAAGCCAUGAACCCUUUGAGCCUGGCCAAUCACUGACUUCUCUGCUGCGGAGGAAGCGCAAUUUACCUCAAACUAGUUAUGUGGAGUUGGUGCUGGUUGUCGAUAAUCUCAGGUAUAAUUUAAAGCAAAAUGAGGCUGCGGUACGAGAAGAAAUGGUGGAAAUGGCUAAUCUAAUGGAUGCGUAUUACAAGGCACUGAAUAUCCGUGUGGUCUUGGUGGGCCUGGAGAUUUUUAAGGAUAGUAAUCCCUUUGUUGUGGACGACUCUGCAGGAGAGGUGUUGGGGAGGUUUGUUAAGUGGAGGAAGGAGUCUUUGUUACCAAGGAUCAGGCAUGACACUGGUCAACUCAUUGUUGGUAAGCCCAAUGCAUACGAAGGAGGUGUUGUAGGUAUGGCCUUCGUGGGCACCGUCUGCUCCGUAGCAAGCUCUGGAGGAAUCAGCGUGUUCAGCGGCAGCAGCAAACUGCCUUAUGUCUCCGCUGUGGUGGCCCAUGAGAUGGGCCAUAACCUGGGCAUGAAUCACGAUGACAGCCGCUGCAAAUGUGAUCGACAAAGCUGCAUCAUGGCAGCCUCUGCUGGUGGUUCCAGUUUCAGCAGCUGUAGUGGAGACGACUUUGAGAUGCUGAUCAUCCGUGGAGGAGGCGUGUGUUUGAAAAACCAGCCCCCCCCAUCAAAUGUGACUGUUACUGCUGAAUGUGGCAAUGGCCGGCUGGACGCAAGAGAGCAGUGUGACUGUGGCAAACCAGAGGAAUGCAAGAAUGACUGCUGUGAUGCUGCCACCUGCAAAUUCACACGCGGUUCCUCCUGUGCUCAGGGGAGCUGCUGCAACAACUGUCAGAUCAGAGUUCCUGGAACGCCAUGCAGAGAGUCUGUCAACACAUGUGAUCUUCCUGAAUACUGUGAUGGCAAGAGUGCGUUCUGUCCCAUUGACUUCUAUGUCAUGGACGGCCUGCCCUGUCAUACUGCGUACUGCUAUGAGGGCCGAUGCCAGACGUAUGAUUUCCAGUGCAAACAUCUGUUUGCACAAGAUAAAGCAACAAAGGCAGAUGAUAUUUGUUUUGAGAAUGCAAAUACUAGAGGAAACUUAUUUGGAAACUGUGGAAUCACCAGUCAAGGAAACCCUAUCAAAUGUAGCUUGGCAAACGCCAAGUGUGGAAAGGUGCAGUGUACUAACGUGGACCUCGGCAUCAUCCCUUCCGGUGCCCAAGUCAGUAUCCAAGUAGUUAAUGGGUCAAAGUGUAUUAAUGCAGACUUCAAUCUCGGCACAGAUGUGCGAGAUCCUGCCUACGUUAACCCUGGCAGCCCCUGUAAUAAAGGAAAGACCUGCCUAGACUUUAAGUGUGUGAACACCUCUAAUCUGCUGCCCAACUUCGACUGUGAUGCCCAGACCACCUGCAACGGCCGGGGGGUAUGUAAUAACAAGGGGAACUGCCACUGUGAAAACGGGUGGGCCUCGCCUAACUGUGACAGGUCAGGGCGAGGGGGCAGCAUAGACAGUGGUCCUGCUCAGAUAGACUACUCCGUCAGGAACGGCCUGUUGAUCUUCUUCCUGUUGGUGGUUCCUGUUCUGGUCCUUCUAAUUCUGGUGCUGCUCUACAUCUUCAGGAGAGAUUCCCUGGACCCGUGCCUAAAAGGAAGCCUCGCCAGCUGUCUCAAGUCAAGUAAUACUCAAAAUGGAAAUGCAAAUGGACAGUCAAACAGCAAUGUUCAGACAAGUGCCACAACCCAGGCUCCUCCUGAUAGGCCUGGAUAUCCACCAGCUACCUCAGUUCCAAUUUCUGGGUAUGGAGAACUGGAUUAUUGGAAUACAGAAACAAGCGCUGCCCCUGCACAACCACCAGCUCCUAUGCAGGGCCCCGGAGUGCCCAAACCAAUCCUGCCCAAGCAACCACCGAAUUGAUUCUCUUUUUAUACUAAAUGUUUUCAGUUGUAUUAUGAAUGUAUGAAGUUUACUACAGCUCAACGCUAUAUGAAGAGACUAUUUUAAAACACUGUGAUAAUAAUAGACUCACUGUUACUUGUUGCUAGCACCUUUUUAAGGUUGGGGUAGAUGGGUCUGGUAGAUGUGUAAAUAUUUAUUGAAAUAUGUCUUUUAUUAGAUUCCAGAUUAUCACUCAAUGGAAAUGCACAUAAAAAUUUUUUUGAAAUCAUCAAAUCUUGUAUUUCAUGCUACUGUAUAUUUUUUCAAAGUAUUUAAAAGAUUUUGUGAAUUUUGAUUUCAUGAAUGCUAAUUGUAAUAAAAACAAUGGG